AUUUGACUUGACUUCUGACUUUUUGCUCAUCCUUCAUCUCCACCUUUCUCUUACUUUUCUUUUCAUUUCUUUUUUUUCCUUUUUUUUCAUUUGCAUUUCUAUUGCUUUUUCUGAUUUCUUUGUUUUUGCUUCUUUUUAAGCUUUUUGGUGCACAAUUUCUUUUCUUUGUUCUUCUCUCUAAAAGUCUAAUGGCUCCUCUACUUGCCCUUUCCUUCUUUUUCUCUUUCCUGUUUCUCCUUUCUCCUGCCAUCUCAACCAACUCAGAAGGAAAUGCUUUGCAUGCUUUGAGAAGCAGGUUCUCUGACCCCACUAAUGUUCUGCAGAGCUGGGACCCAACUCUGGUCAAUCCCUGCACCUGGUUCCACGUUACCUGCGACUCCAAUAGCCAUGUGAUCCGUUUGGAUUUGGGAAAUUCUAAUAUUUCUGGUACUUUGGGGCCUGAACUUGGCGAGCUCAAGAACCUUCAGUACUUGGAGCUUUAUAGAAAUGAAAUAAGUGGAAAAAUCCCCAAGGAGUUGGGAAAGUUGAAAAAUCUUAUCAGCAUGGAUUUGUAUGACAACAAAUUUGAAGGAGAGAUCCCAAAAUCUCUUAACAAAUUGAAGUCACUCAGAUUUCUACGUCUGAACAACAACAAGCUAACAGGAUCAAUUCCUAGGGGACUCACCAAGCUCUCUAACCUGAAAGUCUUUGAUGUUUCAAAUAAUGAUCUAUGUGGAACAAUCCCUGUUGAAGGCCCUUUUGCAACAUUCCCAAUGGAAAGCUUUGAAAACAACAGAUUCAGUGGACCGGAGCUGCAAGGAUUGGUACCAUACGACUUUGGAUGCUGAAGAAAUAUAGAGUUUGUCCGAUAUACUUAAGUGCUGUUUAGUAGUUACAUUAUCUGAUCAAAUAGAGAUGUGUACGCCAUGGUUAUGUUAUGUAUCCAAAUGAUGACACACUCAGUUUAGUGUGUGGAUAGACACAUUAUAUAUAUAUAGAUAUAUAUAUAUAUAUAUAUAUAUAUAUAUGAGAGUAAGAAAAGAAGUAAACGAAAAUAAGAUGAUUCCUUGUUUGGAACCUUUCAACUCUA